AUGCAGCCCGAUCCCGAGGGGACACUCCCGCUGCGGAGGGGACAGCUCGGGAACGCGCCUCGCUGGCGGUGCUCGCUCCCGCCAGGCUCUCGCUGCUGGCCCUUUAAGGGGCGGGGCGUGGCCGCUCUCCGGGGCGCUGAUUGGCUGGGCUCGCCCCCCUCCCGCCCCCUGCCCCCGGCGGGGCGGGCGCGGGCGGCGGGCGCGCGCGCGGCGGCGGCGGCGGGCGCGCGCGCGAUGGUGGCGGGGGGCGCCGCGCGGCUGCUCCCGCUCCCGCUGCUCGCGCGCGCCGCCGCGGCCAGGCUCGUGCCCGCGCUGCCCGGGCAGGCGCGCGCGGGGCGCUCGGGGCUGCGCGCCGCCCGCUGGGGCGCCCUGGCCGUGGCCGUGCCCGCGGCCGCGCCCGCCGGCAGCGCCUGGAAGGAGAGGCCGGGGCAGCGCGGCCCGGCGUGGGCGGCGGAGCGCGGCGCGGAGCGGCCGCCCCGGGGGCUGCUGCGGCGCUUGGCGCUGGUGCUGCGGCUGGGCGUCCGCGCCUGCGGGCUCCUGCUGCGCUUCGGGCCGCUGCUGCUGCUCUACCCGCUGAGCCGCCUGUGGCCCGGCGUGGGGGCGCGGUGGCUGCGGCUGCUGCGCAGGGCGGCCGAGGCCGCCGGCCCCACGUGUGUCAAGCUGGGCCAGUGGGCCAGCACCCGCAGGGACCUCUUCUCGGAGGCCUUCUGUGAUGAGUUUUCCAAGCUGCACGUCGAGGUGAGCCCGCACCCGUGGGGCCACACCGACGAGCUCUUGAGGAAGGCCUUCGGUGAGGACUGGACGGGCAUCCUCAAGUUCCCGAGCCGGGAGCCGGUGGGCUCGGGCUGCGUUGCCCAGGUGUAUAAAGCCUAUGCGGACCUCGCUGCCAUCGCCGGCUCCCGCGCCAAGGAGCUGCAGCAGCGCUCGGAGCUCAGGUCUGCCUUGGAAGCGUGGGAAGUGUCAGGCUUUAGAGGCCUCCUCGGGUGGCUGAGGAGGAGGAAGAGCAAGGAGGGACGGGACGAGAGCAGGGAGGAACUGAGUUCUGCAGACUGCUCCCAGGGAAGUCCCGUGAGUGGGAUGUCCCUUGUGGAGCAGAGGGCCGAGCCACUCCUGAACUCAAAUCUCUCAUCGGCCAGACAUCUCAUGCCUGUAGCCAUUAAAGUUCUGCACCCUGGGCUGGUCCACCAAGUCCAGAUGGAUCUGUUCCUCAUGAAGUUGGGCAGCCGCAUCAUUGGACUUCUCCCUGGGUUCAAGUGGCUCAGUCUGACAGAGAUUGUGGAGGAGUUUGAGAAGCUGAUGAUGCAGCAGAUUGACUUACGCUAUGAAGCCAGAAAUCUGGAGCGCUUCCGACAAAACUUCCUAGAUGUCGAUUUUGUGAAGUUUCCAACUCCCCUUUGGCCCUUGGUGACAGCAGAUGUUCUAGUGGAAACAUUUGAGGAGAGUGAGCCCAUUUCACGCUACCUGCACGUGGAGAUCGGCACGGAGCUGCGGCAGAGGCUGGCCAGGAUGGGCAUGGACAUGCUGCUGAAGAUGAUCUUUGUGGACAACUUUGUGCACGCCGACCUGCACCCCGGGAACAUCCUGGUGCAGGGCAGGGCGCGGGCGGCGCCGCAGCUGCGCCUGGUGCUGCUGGACGCGGGCAUCGUGGCCGAGCUGCGCGGCGCCGACAUGCGCAACUUCCGCGCCGUCUUCACCGCCGUGGUCCAGGGACAGGGGGAGAGGGUGGCAGAGCUGAUCCUCCACCACGCCCGUGCCAACCAGUGCCAGGACAUCGAGCGCUUCAAGGCUGAGAUGGCAGAGCUCGUGACCAAGGCCCGGGGAAACACCAUUGCCUUGGGAAAGCUUCAAGUGGGAAAUCUCCUCUCAAGUGUCUUCAAACUAUUGAUGACCCAUAAGGUGAAGCUCGAGAGCAAUUUUGCUUCCAUCAUCUUUGCCAUCAUGGUUCUGGAAGGACUGGGGCGUUCACUGGACCCUGAACUGGACAUCCUGGAGGCAGCUAAGCCACUGCUCAUCAAAACUGCAGCUUCUGCCCUCAAAUAGACUCCCGUGGCUGCUGCCCUCUCCCUGUGGGGUUACCUGUGCUGCCUGAGAGCUGCCGCAGAGCGAAGCUGAAGGUGGGGAGUCAGAGCACCCCAGGGAUGUGGUGCAUGGGCUGCUCUCCACUAAUGCUGCCUUCAGCCACUUCAGCCAAGCACCAGGCAUGGGAUGAUCAGAAGGUCUGUUCCAGAAAGCAGGAAGAAUUUGCACAAUUGGACAUUUCCCACUCAUUGCACAGUUCUGAGAGCUACUGUGCUCUGGUAGUUUUUAAAAACGUCUUCAAAAAGAUGUUCAUUGAUCAAGUCUGUUUUAAAAUAUAUCAGGUUAAAUAUUUCAUUUACUGACUCACCUGUCACUGUGGAAUGAGAAAUGAUAUUCUAGCAUCACCUAAGCAAGACAUUCAGGCUGAAAAAAGCCACUAAGUUUGUCUUCUGUACUUUUAACUUCUACUUUUAUUGUAGAAGUGUCCUAACAACCUGCAUGUAGAGAGGUCUGUUCGUAGUCAUUUUGGAUGACAAAAACAGACUAUUUCAAUUUUUUUCAAACUCCUGUACUCUAGUACAUUGUGAUAGGAGUUUGGAUUAUAAACAGCAUAAUAAAAUAUUUACCUAUGCAGAAAAACCUAAUUCCACAAUAAAAAACUUCUGGGAGUA